AUGAGCUCAACAAGGACCAUCUCAGAAGCCAAGCUCGGUUUUCUUCGUGACCAAAUUCGCGUGCUGUCGGCGCCGCUCAGCCCGUCCCCUGACUGGCGCGAAUACGGUCCUGCCGCCGAGGACGACAUCGGCGAGAAGGCCAUCAGUGAGGCAUUACAAAAAUUCAACACACUUUUGAAACAGCAUAACCGUGCCGUCUUCUCGACACAGGCAAUACAUCAUGUCUCCCAGCAGAUUGAGCGGCUUUACUGGAAUUCUAUCAGCCCGGAGUUUGGCCAAGAGGGUUCCCGACAGCCUGACAUUGACAAGGGAGCUGAUCUGACGAAUGCCAGAUAUAAGCUUCUUCGAGAGAGACUUGUCAAACUUGACGCUGAACGAAAGAAAAGGGAGGAUAAGCUACUCCAGUACAAGCACUUGAAGAGCUUGUUGGAACCGUUUGAAGAUCCCUUGAAUACCAUCCAGCCUAAUCUUGCUACAAGAGAUGGCGAACUCGGGGCAGAGCUAGACCGUAUGAGGAUGUUGCUGGCCAAGGUCGCAAGCAAAGUUGGGAAAAUUCAGAGCGACACUCAAAACUCCGAGAAAAAAGAAGAAGAAGAAGCUAUUAUGGACACAGACGACAAGCUAGCCAGACUGCUUGAUAUGACUUGA